AUGUCCUGCUAACCUGUCACUAGGACAUCCAUUCUCUUUUGUCCCUCUGCUUGUCGUUCCUUACAACUCACACUCUUUUGAGUCCUUCUGACAUGAUGUUGCAUACACCUGACCUGGUUCUUCUUGCUCUCGCGUUGUCUCUGGUUAGCGGGUCUUCUUCCGCGAAGCCAAUAGUGCAAAUUCGGGAGCCCGCUCUUGUCUCAAUCGAUUUUGCUGUCCGCCUCAAUCUUACACUUGGUGACUCGAAGAUCGCUGACCUUGAUCGUGCUCGUGCGGCAUCGAAACUUGCGGGGAUUGGGAAUUUAGUUCGGCGCGAUGGCGCAAUUAGCGCAACGAAUACGGGUGUCACCUAUGUUGCCAGUAUCGGGGUUGGUGAGCCAGCGACGGACUAUUCCCUCGUCGUAGAUACGGGAAGCUCGAACACAUGGAUAGGUGCCGAUAAGAAAUACGAGCCGACGAAUUCUAGUGUGAACACCGGCAAAAACGUAUCUGUUUCAUAUGGCUCUGGUCAGAUGGAGGGAGUUGAAUAUAAUGACACCGUCACAAUUUCUCCCGACCUUGUCAUCAAAGCGCAAAGUAUUGGUGUUGCUAAUUAUUCGGUCGGUUUUAAUGGCUACGAUGGCAUCCUUGGAUUGGGGCCUGUCGCAACAACUGCAAACACAGUGCAGAACAUGUCGAAGGUACCGACCCUUAUGAACAACCUAUAUGCGCAAGGAAAAAUCUCCAGCGAGAUCCUCGCCGUUUCUUUCGCACCUACCACGACGGAGCCGAAUGGAAAUGGCGUGUUAACGUUCGGCGGAGUUGACAACAGCAAGUGCACGGGAGAAAUUACGUACGCCCCGAUUACAAAGGCAUCACCGUCCAGCAAAUUCUGGGGAAUUGACCAAAGCGUGACCUAUGGGAAGGCUGGGAAAGAAAUCUUGAAGUCAGGCUCCGGAAUUGUCGACACUGGGUCCACCCUGGUCCUAUUGGCUACCGAAGCGUUUAACGUAUAUACGAAUACGACGGGCGCAAAGGUAGACGAAGGCGCUGGUCUCCUCAAGAUUGAGAACCAAGAUUAUGAGAGGCUCGAAAGCCUGUAUUUCAAAGUUGGGGGCACGACCUUCGAGCUAACGAAGAACGCGCAGACAUUCCCGCGAGCCCUCAAUGAGUUCAUCGGUGGCGAAAAGAACGCUACUUACCUAGUUGUCGGAGACCUCGGUAUAUCCGUUGGAAAUGGCCUGGACUUCAUUAACGGCUACGCAUUCUUGGAGCGCUUCUAUUCCGUGUACGAUACGACGAAUAACCGCAUUGGGCUUGCGACUACGAAAGAUACUUACUCCUCAGCCAACUAACUUUACAUACCCAUUUUUUUCGAGAUUCGGCGAUGUGAGGCUCACCGCUGGUGAUUGCCGCAACACUUCAUAGGCUCUUCCGACGAUACCUAUAUCAUAACCCGUUGUGGAACACACGGACUUGGACGCUUACCUUCCUAUAUAACAAUGCAUAGCAGGUCGUAACACCCACAAUACCCUUGUAAAUUCCUAUCGCAUGUCGACAACAUAAAUGAGGAAUUCUGCUUUAACUUGAAGCUUAC